UUUUUAACCCCAUUUUUUGAAUGAUGAUUGUCAAUGGUUUGAUUAGUUUCACUAGUGUGUUUUCUUUUACCUCUAACUGUACCUUUCAAAUUAUGAUAUUUUUAGAUUAUUUUAUUUUAUUUUUUAUGUGGUGUAGGUUGCUCUGAAUUCAUCAUGCUUGUGUUGAAUUUUUCUGGGUUUUUUUUUUUUUGUUAUUUACUUGUGUUAUUUAUCUUUGAUGAGAAAAUUGGCUGCUUAAACCCAGAUUUUGGAUGUUUAUGGUGAUUUACUCAACCUGUACUGUAUGAAAAUAGGAUUUUGAGUGUAACGGAACGGUAUGGCGGUUAAGGAUUGGAUAAACAAGCGAGGAUUCCAUAUUCGAGGGGGGUUUCAGAAAAUGAUGAGGUGUAUAUGGUCAGGACAGCAAUUAAGAGUUGAUGAUACUAAUGCUUCUUCCGAGUCGCUAGCGACUCGGGACUAUUCGGUGAGUGGUUACUCGUCUCGAGCAGGCGAGAUGGUGGAGACUAAGGCUGAUAGUAGUAAUAUCGAAGAAGCUGAGUCAUCGCUUCGCGAGAGUGGUUAUCUGAACUAUGAGGAAGCAAGGGCAUUAUUAGGGAGGCUCGAGUAUCAAAAGGGAAAUAUAGAAGGUGCACUUCAUGUAUUUGAAGGAAUAGACGUUUCUGCAGUGACUUCAAAGAUGAAAGCUACCCUUUCUAGAAGAUGUGAACAAAACCGACGCCGCUCGGAAAGUGAAGCUGCUCCUGCCAUGUCUAUGCAUGCCAUUAGCUUACUUCUCGAAGCUAUUUUCUUGAAAGCAAAAUCAUUGCAGCACCUCGGAAGGUCUGGAGAGGCCGCUCAAUCGUGCAAGAUUAUUUUGGAGACUGUUGAAUCUGCGUUGCCUGAUGGCCUGCCGGACAACUUCUCUACGGAUUGUAAAUUGCGGGAAAUUUUGAACAAAGCUGUGGAAUUGCUUCCGGAGCUAUGGAAACUUGCCGGAGAUCCCCAAGAAGCCAUAUUGUCGUACCGGCGGGCUCUCCUCUAUUACUGGAAUCUUGAUACCGGAACCAAAGCGAAACUCGAAAAAGAAUUUGCAGUGAUGCUUUUAUAUAGCGGUGCCGAAGCAAGCCCUCUAACCCUCCGUGCGCAGAUGGAAGGCUCAUUUGUGCCGAGGAACAAUGUUGAAGAGGCCAUUCUUUUAUUAUUAAUUCUACUUAGAAAGUUUCUUCUCAAAAGGAUCGGAUGGGAUCCGUCGAUAUUGGAUCAUCUUGCUUUUGCGUUAUCUGUUUCGGGGGAACUAAGAGCCUUAGCUCAUCAGGUUGAAGAAUUGCAGCCCGAGAUCAUGGAAAGAAAAGAACAAUAUCGUACGUUGGCUCUCUGCUAUUAUGGGGAAGGUGAGGAGAUAAUUGCUUUGAAUCUUUUGCGGAAUCUUUUGAAUAGCCGAGACAAUCCGGACUGUGUCCUGGAAUUGUUGCUAGCCUCGAAAAUUUGUGGGGAGAAUAUGAAUUAUAUCGAGGAAGGGACAAAUUGGGCACGGAAAGCUCUUGUCGAAUUGAAUGGUGAGUGUUGGCAGAUGGUGAGCAAAGCAAACUGCUUACUGGGAGUUCUAUUAUCAGCUCAGUCAAGGAUGGUUUCUUCCGAUUCUCAGAGAAAUUUGCAGCAGUCCGAAACAAUUGAGGUACUCGAAACCGCAGAAAAGCUGAUGAAAGAAAGUGACCCAUACAUCGUAUUCCAUAUUUGCCUAGAAAAUGCCGAGCAGAGGAAGUUGGAUGUUGCACUUCACUAUGCAAAGCAGCUUUUGAAACUCGAAGCAGGGUCUAAUGUUAAGGGAUAUGUCCUUUUGGCUCGGAUAUUGUCAGCUCAAAAACAGUUUGUUGAUGCGGAGACGGUAAUUAACGCUGCUCUUAACCAAACCGGGAAGUGGGACCAAGGAGAAUUGUUGAGAACCAAGGCUAAACUUCAGAUUGCACAAGGGCAGUUAAAAAAUGCAGUUGAGACAUAUACUCAUCUUCUUGCCGUUCUCCAAGUUCAGCAUAAAAGCUCGGGAUCCGGGAAGAAACUUCUAAAGACUAAGGGGAAGUGGGAUCGAGGCUUGGAAAUGGAAACAUGGCACGAUCUAGCUAACGUGUACAUAAGCUUGUCGCAGUGGCGGGAUGCCGAGGUCUGUCUCUCCAAAUCCAAGGCUAUCAGUCCUUUCUCCGCUACUAGAUGGUACUCUACAGGUUUAUUGAACGAAGCGAGAGGGCUUCAUCAGGAAGCACUGAGAUCAUACAAGAAAGCAUUAGAUAUAAAUCCCACACAUGUUCCAAGUUUGAUAUCCAUUGCUUGCAUUCUCAGACAACUUGGUGGUCAAUCAAUGCCUAUUGUUAGAAGUUUUCUAAUGGAUGCCCUUCGACUCGAUCGAACCAACCCGGCAGCCUGGUACAAUCUCGGGUUGCUUUAUAAAGCCGAUGUUAGUGCAUCAGCCCUAGAGGCUGCUGAAUGUUUCGAGGCUGCUGCAGUUCUUGAAGAAUCUGCACCAAUUGAACCCUUUAGAUAAAAGAAACAACUUUGCCCGCAUUUUGUUUUUAUGUAAUUUUGGACAUGCCAUUUUUGUAAAUCUUAUAGGUUAGGCUAUCUAACAUCUAAAAAUGUUGAAAAUCUUUAUGUGAGUUGCUUCAAAAGUUUAAAUUAAAUUGGUUUAUUUAGUUCAUUUCAAAACCAUCCCGAACUCUUAAUAUCCGUAUCCGUUUCAGACACAUACGAUACCCCUUUCGAAUUCAGAUAACAUAUCAAGCUAAAAAGAGUUACAUAAAUUAACCCAAUGUUUUACCAAAUAGUGUUGUUUUCUGGUGAAAAUGGUUUCUGCAAAACUAAAACUGGAAAUCUAAAAGUUUAGUACUUUUUUUCUUUGAUCAUUCCUUGCGAAGAUCUAUCCCAGCCUUCUUAGCAACGGCAUCCAAUCCGUUCUUCUCGAUGGUCUUCAACGCCUUGGUCGAUAAACGCAAUUUUACAUAGCGUUUACCGGCUUCCCACCAAACCUU